AUGAAAUCGUUUAUCUCUCUCUCUGUCUCUCUCUCCCCCUCUCUCUAUUUCUCUCUUUCCCUCUCUCUUCCUCUCUCUCUAUUUCUCUCUCUCUCUCUCUCUCUUUCCCUCUCUUUCUUUCUCUCUUUCUCUCUCUAUUUCUCUCUUUCUCUUUCUCUUUCCCUCUUUCUUUCUCUCUUUCUCUCUCUAUUUCUCUCUUUCUCUCUCUCUUUCUUUCUCUUUCCCUCUCUUUCUUUCUCUCUUUCUCUCUCUAUUUCUCUCUUUCUCUCUCUCUUUCUUUCUCUUUCCCUCUCUUUCUUUCUCUCUUUCUUACUCUCACACUUUCUCUCUCUUUCUCUCUCUCUUUCGCUCUGUUUCUCUCUCUCUCAUUCUCUUUCUCUUUCUCUCUUUCUUCCUCUCUUACUCUCCCUCUUUCGCUCUCUUUCUCUCUUUCUUACUCUCACUCUUUCGCUCUGUUUCUCUGUCUUUUCUCUCUCUUUCUCUCUCUCUCUUUCUCGCUUCUUCUCUCUCUUUCUCUCUCUCUUUCGCUCUGUUUCUCUCUCUCUCUUUCUCCCUCUCUUACUCUCCCUCUUUCUCUCUCUUUCUGUCUGUCUGUCUGUCUGUCUGUCUCUCUCUCUCUCUCUCUCUCUCUCGCUCUCUGUUUCCCUCUUUCCCCCCUCUCUGUCAAUCUCUAUCUCUCUCCUUCCAUUCUCUAUAUUUCUCUUUCUCCUUCCCUCACGCUCAUUCUUUCUUUCUUUUUUUCUUUCUUUCUUUCUCACUCGCUCACUCCUCCUUUCUCUCUCACGUCCAAAUUUUUAUAUUUAUUGUAUCUUUCUUUUAACUUUUCUUUUCUUUCUUUAUUUUCGUGCUUUAUCAACCUUUCUUUUCCUUUUUUCUUUCUUUGUUUCUUUUUCUUUUGCUUACUGUCUUCUUUUAUUUAAAUCCUUUUCUUUCAUACUAUUUCUUCCUUUUUUGAAAACUACCAAUUUCUUUUCAUCCAUUAUUUAUUCCUUUUUUCUUUCCUGUAUCGCUGUUUCUUCAUAUAUUUUUUUCGUUUUCUUAACAUAUUUUCUUCUUUCUUUCACUUGUUCUUUUUCUUUCUUAUCUUUCUUUUUCUUUCCUUUCCUUUUCUUUUUUUUUUCCUUCCUUUCUUUUUAUUUUUAUUUCCUUCUACACCAGUUUCUUUUUCCGCUUAGCAUAUUCUUUUCUUUCCUUCUUUCUUCUAUCCAACCCUUCUUUCUUUCUUUCUUUCUUUCUUUUCUACUUUCAGUUAUUUUUCCACUUAGCAUAUUCUUUCUUUCUUUCUUUCUUUCUUUCUUUCUUUCUUUCUUUCUUUCUUUCUUUCUUUCUCAUAUGCAUAUCUUUCCUUCCUUCCUUUUCUUUCUCUUUUUCUCUUUAUUUCAUCUCUUUCUUCCUUCUUUACUACUUCCAUUUUUAGCAGCUUCCUCCUUUCUUUUUUUCUCUUUCUUUCAUUUUCUUUCUUUCUUUUUCUUUCCUUCUUUCUUUCUUUUUUCUUUCUUUCUACAUCACUUUCUUCAUUUUCCUUACAUUCAGUUUCUUUUUGUCCCUUUACUUCCUUAA